AGGGCAGGGCAGGGCAGGACACGCACGUAGUACAUACAGGUCACCCGUUUCGAUCUCAAUUCGUGUACUAGUAUAAUAGUAGUAGCUAGGAUUAAGUUAGCAAGACAGGAGCUGUGAGGGGACCUGCCGGUAUACUACUAUCUAACCUUGGCUGCAGCUGCAACCCUCCUCCUACCUUGGUUUCUCUAUCCCCUCUCCUCUGAUCGGCUGGUCCCCGUUGCAUUGGCCUUGGCCCUUGCCAUGCCAACCUCAUCAACGCCUCUCAACUCUAGCUAGCCAGCCACACCUCCUCUGCUCUGGUCCUCCCCGCCAUUAGCCGGUAGCUGCCUAAGCUGCUAACCUUGCUAUCUUAGCUACUUCUACUAGUCUAGUGCGUAUUUUGUGUCCUGUACAUGCUUAGUUCGUCCCCCGCCCCGACCUAACGUGCGAGUGCCGGACUGCUGCGGAAGGAAGGAAGGGAGGGAGGAGGCCGGGCAUCAGGGACAAGGAAGACUAGCUCGACAUUAAUUUCGUUCCGGUAAGGGGAAUCCGGAAUCGUUCGGCAUGGAUAAUCAGCGAGCCACCUCAACCUCAAAGGGAAUCGGCUGCUAGCUAGGAGCUAGCGAGGAGGAGGGUUAUCGGCUCCUCCGGCAAUCCUGAGGCCGGCUAGCUGAGGGCGAGGCAGCGUCACGCCCGUCCGUAUGCAUGGAGAGCCAGAGGGUGGUGGUGGUGGUGGAGGACGCGGGCGCCGCGCGGUCGGCGCUGCAGUGGGCCGUCGGCAACUUCAUCCGCGGCAGCGACUCCAUCACGCUGCUCCACGUCUGCCCGCCGGCGCGGUCGCGCAGGAAGCGCCGCCGCCUCCGCCUCGGCGGCUUCCAGCUCGCGCUCGCCUUCAAGGACCUCUGCAACGGCAUCGCCGAGUCGGUCGACGUCCGGGUCCGGCUGACGAUCCGGAGGAUGCGCUGCAGGCCAAGGUGGAGAUCGUGGUGACGGAGGGGGAGCUCGGGGAGACGGUGGUGGCGACGGUGAACCAGCUCGGCGCCUCCACGCUCGUCGUCGGCCUCCACGACAAGAGCUUCCUCUACAGCAGGGCGCCGAGCCAGUACAGCCGAGUCAUCAGGAGCCUGGGCUGCAGGGUCCUCGCCGUCCGGCAGCACGCCACGGCGCGGGACGGCUUCCUGAACGCCGAGCUCACCCAGAUCGAGACCGUGAACCUGCACAUACCACCGCCAAAGAUCCCGUUCCCGAUGUUCACGCUCCCCCUUGGCGUGAUAUGGAGAAGAUCGAAGCGGAGAAAGUGAUACUCAAACUGCGGGGAAGACGGAGGAACAGCAGAACAGGAACAGCACGGCAGGCAUAGCUGAGCCUGUCCUGAUGGCUAGUAGAUAUAUACACGUACACGCACGCGUGCACAUCAACGGAGGCGCAGCAAAUCUGCGGAUUGACGUAACUGUAAUGACGACAGCGGCAGGCACAGAAUGUUAGAGAGGAAGGGUAUACUCCAGCUCCGGGAAAGACGGCCCCGUACUUGUAUUAUUAGAUGAUUAAUCGACAGGUUGGUUUACUGGAAACUAGAGGAGCCAUUCUGUUUUCUGAAGAAAAAGAAGAAUGGAGCAAGGUUAGAGGACUGCCGGUUCUGAUGUUAAGUCUGUAACCUCUCACGACCUGAUGCUCUGUUAUCCUUAAAAUUGAUCUAAGUUAGAAAACUUCAAAACUAAAGAGGUUUUGGUUUCUAAAGACUAAUUUUUAA